GCCGGAGGGGGGGUUCUGAACGGUGUCAGCCCGUGACUGUGGGUGACACGGCGCGUGAGGCGGCCCAGCCAGGGCGAACGUGUGGCUCGGACACUGGGCAGUGACGUUGGGCCGAGGGGGAGACACCGAGGGGCUCUGUGUGUUUGUGACAGGCAGAGUGUGGGCGUGUGACUGUGUGAGAGAGCCACCCCGGGUCACUACGCGUGACCGUGACCCCAGCCCACUGUGAGUGCGACCCCGGGUUACUGGGGUCACUGAGUGUGUGUGUGGCCUGGGGUGUGACCAGGACACCAGGGCCCUCAUGAACGUGAGUGAACAUGGUAAUAGUGUGCUGUGGGGUCAAGUAGUGCAGUGUGUGUGUGUGUGUGUGUGUGUGUGUGUGUGUGUGUAUGUGUGUGUGUCCGCCUGUGUCCGCGUCUGCACCUCAGGGAAAUGAGUAAAAGGCGGAAAGAGGAGGGACCUCAAACACCUACUAGCAGAUGGGGGCUGGAGGGAGAGGGGCCAGGGAGGGGACAAGGGUCUCUCCAGGACUGUCCCCAAGAGGGCAUCCCUCAGGAGCUCAGUUUAGGGAGGGGGGUGGACCCUGAGUGACUUGCCCUGGCAGAGGGAGAGGGGCCAAGGCUGAGGGGCAUCUGGUGGGGUGAUAGGUCUGGCAGCAGCUGAGGGCCUCUGAGGUAGCUUCAGGCGCCGUCUCUCUCUCUCUGUCACACACACACACACACACACACACGCACGCACGCACGCGCACACACACACACACACACACACACACGCGCGAGAGGUCCAAGAGGCCUGGCUAAGCUCUGCCCCUGGUAACCUGUAUUCUCACUGGGCCCAGGCAUAAUCUUGCCCUCAGAUCCCGCUCACCCUCGCUGGGCCUCAGUUUCCCUGUCUGCACACUGAGGUGUUGGGCUGUGAAUGGACUGUGAAUCAUCACUUUGGUAUUCUCUAUUGUUUUGGGGUCAACUGUCAACUGUCUCUGUUCUCCCCUACCACCCUUCAGGCAGAAAGACUGCAGUAGGGGGUGGGAGCAGGCUGUCUGCUGGGGACAGAGUGGCCCAGGGCUGCACCCAGGUGCUGGUGACAGGGUUGGAAGCACAGCUCCUCAGAUCACGCCGAAAAUUCUGACCCAUAGACAUUGACUUCUCUGGUGCCCAUCUCCUUUCUUCAGUUCCCUUCUUGGGGGGAGAGGGGGCAUGUUCCUGGGGGGCAUGAGUCGUCUCUGCUUUGGAGAGCUGGAGCAGGGCCUCUUCACCAUCUGGGCUAGACCCUCCUGAGGCCCCCACCCACACAAGAGGGUCUGUUGGGUUCGUGCAAAGUGGAAUGGAAAUCAGGCUCCCUAGCCCAGGAGAGGUGAGGAGACACCUGCUGAAGGAUCUGCACGUUCUCUCCUCUGCUGUCAUCCUCUGAAAAUGUUGAUUGCAUUCUGGGUCGGGGAGAGAGUUUGGGGAGACAGUGCCAGGUGCUAUGCUGAAUGCUUUAUGGUGUGCUCUUGUUGAAUCCUCACAGUGGCUCUGAGAUGUGAUGACUGUUUUUCAGAGAAGGAAACAGAACCUCAGAGAAGCGAAGUGACUUGCCCAAGGUCACACAGAGUCAGCUCAGUGCCAGGACUGGAAUUCAGGUCUCCUGUGCCUGAAGCCCUGUAAGAUGCUUGGAGAGGGCCACUCCCCUUCCUAAUAUCUGCUCAUGGCUUAUCUGGGCUUCCUUCUCUCAAACGCAGGCUGGCAACGUGGCCUCGGCAGGGUGUGCCACUCCCCGUCCUGGAAGGAGGACUGCAGCUGCCUGCCUGCCUGCCUGUCCCAUCCCCGUCUGAGCCUCCCCUCCAUCUGCCUGAGGCUGGCGACCCACUGGGGCUUGAGGAUGAAGCUGAGCCCACCGCACUGGCCCCUAUCCUGCCUCCUUGUGCUGUUGCCCUGGCCUCUGGCCACUGCAACAUCAACAACCCCUUGGCCGUGCCCACCCGGCGAGGAGCCCAACCUGGAACCAGGGCGGGGCACAUUAUGCAGGUCCUGCCCCCCAGGCACCUUCUCAGCUUCCUGGGGCUCUAGCCCUUGCCAGCCGCACUCCCGCUGCAGCCCUCAAGGGAGGCUGGAGGCCCAGGUGGGCACGGCAACUCGAGACACACUAUGUGGAAACUGCCAGCCUGGGUGGUUUGCCCCGUCAGAGGUCCCCCGUGUUCCCUGUCAGCCGUGCUCCUGGACACCCCUGGGUACUCGCGGCUGUUACGAGCGGGGGCGACGGGCCCGACGUGGCAUGGAGGUGGCAGCAGGGGUGAGCGGCACAGGGGAGACGCGGCAGCCUGGGAACAGCACACAGGCGGGCAGCCCCGAGGAGACAGCUGCCCAGUAUGCGGUUAUUGCCAUUGUGCCCAUCUUCUGCCUCAUGGGGCUGCUAGGCAUCCUGGUGUGUAACCUGCUCAAGCGGAAGGGCUACCACUGCACGGCCCACAAGGAGGUCGGGCCUGGUCCUGGAGGCGGAGGCAGCGGGGUCAACCCUGCCUACCAUACUGAUGACGCCAAUGAGGACACCAUUGGGGUCCUGGUGCGCCUGAUCACAGAGAAGAAAGAGAAUGCGGCGGCCCUGGAGGAGCUGCUGAAGGAGUAUCACAGCAAACAGCUGGUGCAGACCAGCCACAGGCCUCUGCCCAGGCUGCCGCCGGGCCCACCCAGCAUGCCACACGUCUGCCCGCAUCGCCACCACCUCCACACUGUGCAGGGCCUGGCCUCACUCUCUGGCCCCUGCUGCUCCCGUUGUAGCCAGAAGUGGCCCGAGGUGCUGCUGUCCCCCGAGGCUGCAGCUGCCACCACUCCUACUCCCAGACUCCUGCCCAACCCGGCCAGGGUGCCCAAGGUCGGGGCCAAGGCAGGACGCCAGGGCGAGAUCACCAUCUUGUCUGUGGGCAGGUUCCGUGUGGCCCGAAUUCCUGAGCAGCGGAUGAGUUCGGUGGCCUCAGAGGUGAAGACCAUCACGGAGGCCGGGUCCUCAGGGGGUGAUCUCCCUGACUCCCCACGACGUGGCCUCUCCAGUGAGCAGCGGACACUGCUGGGAAGUGGUGGAAGCCACCCUAAAUGGCUGAAGUCCCCAGCAGAGAACAAGGCCGAGGAGAACCGCUAUGUGGUCCGGCUGAGUGAGAGCAACCUGGUCAUCUGAGGGGCUGUCUCAUCUGAGGAUACUGCAGCCUUGCCCUGGGAGGUUCCGAAGGCUUCCUGGAGGAGGUAGAGCUGCAGCUGAGCUAGUGAGGAUCCAGAAUGGCCCAGCAGACAGAACAGCCAAGGCCAAGGCCUGGAGGUGGGAGCGUCCACCCCAGUGAGGAGGCAGGCCAGCCAGCGUGCCGGCGGGUGCUGUGUGCAGGAGCAGGUUGAGAGCCCCUCCCGUCCCUGCCGCCCAUUUCCUUCCCUGCAGGAUGUCCCUGAUGCCGUGCCCUGCCCUGGCUGGAUCCUAGGAGCCCACAGGGUCCUCUGCACCGCCAGGUGGCUAGGCCUCAGUGGUGGGGAGGGGCCCUCUACCUGGCACCCCUGGCCCCACGCCUUAGUGAUGAGCCACUCCUUGCUUCUGUAGAGGGGACCUCCCCCUCCUUCCUGAGAGGUCCUGCAAAGGGAGGGGUCAACAAAAAGCCAUGAGCUAGGAACCGAGUUCCUGGGCAAGCCCCUGGCCAUUACUGGGUCCCAAUUCUUCUGACUGUGAAGUGGGGAGAGAGUGGCGUCUCGGUGCCCAGGGCCUUCCUGCAUCUUGCAGGCUCUGGGCUGGGUCGUGUAGAUGGAGCACUUGGCCCCUUGCCACCCCUCCCACUAGUUUUACCUGGCCCCGUUUUUUGCUGCUUCAGGGCCACCACCUUCAAGGCUCCCAAGGGGCUGCCCAUCCAUGGUUCUGCCUACAGAAGGGGCAUAAUGCACGUGCCUGCCCCUGACCCUGCUGUUUUUAUUGAAAUUGAAAAAACAGGCUUGACCUGGGCGGGGCUGUGGUACAGAGCCCCAACCUGCCCAGCCACCCACAAGAUCUCAGGCGCUUUGGAGGGUAAGGGGUGAGGCCUCUGGCCUCGGUGGUUUCUGUGUCCCUGUGGUACUGGUGUGUCCGUCCCCUGGCCUGGGCAGUGCGGGCGACUGCCCAGCCCGCGUCUCCACUCUGGCUCAGCAACCUCGUUAUUUAUGUGGGGCUGUGCAGGCAUGGGCCCACUGCUGUCCCCGUUUCUCUUAUUUAUUGAAACUUUGCUGUUGUCCCACCCUUGUGUCUCUACAUCAUCCAUUUGUUGAAUAAAAGGUGGGAAAGUAGU